AGCCGGCGCCGAGAGGCGGAGCAGGAGGAGUAGUGGCUUCCGUUUUCCCGCCCUCAGUGUCGGUGUAAGUGGAGCAGGGAGUGGGACAGCGAGGAAGGAGUAAGGUUUAUUUGUUGAGUGCCCCUGCAGAGAUGGUUUCGCUGCUGCCGCGCAUCGAGCGGCUCUCGUCGCGGGUGGUGCGGGUGCUGGGCUGCAACCCGGGACCCAUGACUCUGCAGGGCACCAACACCUACCUGGUGGGCACCGGCUCCAGAAGAGUCCUUAUUGACACUGGGCAGCCGAAUACUCCUGAAUAUAUUGGCUGUUUGAAGCAGGCACUGUCAGAGUUCAACAUCUCAAUUCAAGAAAUUUUAGUGACACACUGGCAUUAUGAUCACGUUGGUGGAAUAUCUGAUAUCUGCGAAAACAUCCCUAAUGACUCAGAAUAUCGCAUCAGUAAGCUUCCUCGUAUCCCUCACCGUGAAGAAAAUAUAAGAGGAGGACAUAAAUAUUUUUAUCUUAAAGAAGGAGAUGUGGUGCAGACAGAAGGAGCCACACUCAGAGUUUUAUAUACGCCUGGACACACUGAUGAUCAUAUGGCUUUACAUCUAGAAGAAGAAAAUGCUAUAUUUUCUGGUGACUGCAUUUUAGGGGAAGGAACAACAGUAAUUGAAGACCUGCAUGACUACAUGAAAACUUUGGAGAGGUUGUUACAAAUGAAAGUAGAUUUAAUAUAUCCUGGUCACGGCCCAGUAGUACGUGAUGCAAAUACUAGAAUCCAGGGCUACAUUUCUCACCGAAUUGCACGUGAACAGCAAAUUCUGAAUGUUUUCCAGAAGAAUGUUGGAAAAUCAUAUACAUCCUCGGAACUUGUAAAGAUAGUAUAUAAGGAGAUCCCUGAAAAUUUACUUCGAGCAGCAGAAAGUAACCUCCUAGUGCACUUGAAGAAGUUGGAGAAAGAAGAAAAAGUGUUACGUGAGGACUCUCCCAACCUCAGAUGGAAAAACAAUUUAUAAGUCACACAAGAUUGCUCAAGAAAAUUUUAAAUCUGCACAGUUGCUGCAUGAAAAAGAUAAAAUGAUGAGCUGGAACAACAAGCAAAAUCACAACUAAUUCUUCUGUUAGUUUUUUUAAAAAAGUGAUACCAAUUCUAAAGCAUCUAACAGUCAGUUAACUGGGGGUUUUGGUAUUAUUAUUUUGGGAAAUUUAAAAAUAACCUAUUGAGUUAAUAAAAUCGAACGAGUGCAAACAGCUGAUUGUUACCUGGGUUAUAAAAUAAGCAGCAUUAUUAUCAUCAGUGGCAGAAGACAAAUAGCAAGGUCUUGUAAACCGAAUAUUACAAUAUUACAAAUGUAAUAAAUCAGAUUUAUUAAAAAACUCUAGUAAAAAGAUGUUAUUCUAAAUCUGUUUUCAUUUGCUUGUGCUUUCCAAAAACUGAUUUUCUAGUAAAUUAUCUGUACAUUCUAAAAAACAAGUUAUUUUUGUUAACAGAUGUAAAUACGGGGGUUUAUAUUCCUUUUCUAAUUUAGCUGCCUGUGCACAUCUUUGCUAGUUGCUCACUGCAGUAAGUUUUAAAAAACACUGAAAGUAAUUCCAGACUUCUGUUUUCUGAUGGAAAUGCUUUUUCUGUGGAAUUCAUUCAAAGGAAUCAUUAAUUUUAACUGAUCAUUGUCAAAAAAUGCAGAGAGUCGGAGCAGACUCUUAACUUCUUUAUAAGAAUCUGCAAGAAUGUUAUUAAAAAGCUGUAUAAAUUGAGAUGUAUACACAUCAUAUAAUGUUAACUUUGCCUACCAUUCUGUAACUAGCAGCUUCAAGUUUUGGUGUUAAAUCCAUUUAAACUACAAAUAUUUUAACAAAAGUUUGUAUUUGUAAAAUACUGGGUAGUGUAUUAAAAUACAAUGAAGAUUAAUUUAAA